UUCAACAACAGAUCCACAUAGGGGCCUUAGUUGACAAGUUCUCUUCAUGCUGUUGGGCAACUUCUUUUCCUUGAAAUAUAGGCAGUAUUUUACAGGGAUUCUGCCGUUGAAACUAUGGAAGGCCAAGCAUCCUCAGUUCUUGGAGAGGUGGACACGACUCGUCCCUUCCGCUCGGUGAAGGAGGCCGUCGCAGUUUUCGGCGAGCGCUUUCUUGCAGGCGAUGCUGCUCCUCCUCAUAAGGCCCAUGCAAAUGCCGAACCUGACAUCACGCCGAGGCCAACCUGCUCACUUCCAGCUCCAAAGCCAGCUUAUUCGACAUCCUCCUCACCACUUUCCUACACCUCUUCUGCCUCUCACUUCAUCCGAUGUAAAGACGUUGAGACCACAGUUUUCAGCUGUCUGAGAAACCUGGCGGCAGAACUGGAGGAGAUGAAGCGAGAGCUGAGGAUUCUGAAGGAGAGGGAGUCUGAGACCGCAAGAGCAAUUGCCACCAUCAAUUCCCAACUCCACAAGAGCAUGUCUAAACUGGCAGAGAUUGAGGCGGCAGAGAGUGCAGUGUCGAUAGAGCAGCAUGCUAAAGCUCGGAGCGAGCGAUGGCAAGAUGACAGAGCAAGGGACAUGGAAGAAAGACUCGAGUAUCUCCCAUGCUUGGGUCAAGCACUCAGUCUUGCGGAGAUAGAAGACCACUUGGGUGGAAGAAGAAAGAUCAAGCUUCGAAAGAGGAAGCCAAUCAUCCCACUGCUCGGAGAUCUUUUGUCCAGGGAAAGAGAGUCCUCUGAUCUCAACAGCUCUGUUUACAGUCGCUCUUCCUUCUACAGCUUUAGCUAAUCUUCUCCAUGCACUUUUCCCUUUGGCUUCCUGUAGUGUGUGCUAUGAACUCUGCUCGCUGUAAACAUCGAUGUAAGCCUUUUGUCAA